GGGUCCCCUUCUCGCCAAUACGGGGGUCGGGGUGAUAUAAAACAGACAUACUCCUCAGCCCCUUCUCGCCCACCCCGCCGCCUCGCCGGAGCUCCGCCGCCGCCGCCGCCGAACGUUUCCGCCGCCGCCUCCAGCCGUCGAAUGUCUGUGGGGACUCCUCUCGACGCGGCGUCUUCCUGAGGCCGAGGCUUCCACGCCGCGAGGCCGUGCAUCCCACGGGGUUCGGAGGAGGAAGAAGAGAGGAGGUGGUCAGCGGCCGCCGAGGAGAGGCCCAGGAGAUGGGGGCCGCGCGGGGGAUGGCGCGCGUUCGUCGGGAUGCGCUCGCCGCGCGCAUGACGUGCCCGCUCUGCCAGGGACUCCUCAGGGAGGCCACCGCCAUAACCCAGUGCCUCCACACAUUUUGUCGGGUGUGCAUCAUGGAGAAAAUAAAUGACGAGGAUGUUGACUGCUGCCCAGUAUGCAACAUUGAUCUUGGCUGUGAUCCGGAAGAGAAACUCAGGCCUGACCACAACCUUCAAGAUAUCAGGAAUAAGUUGUUUCCAAUUAAGAAGAGAAAAGUUGAUUCUGUAACGGCUCCAACAACAUCGCCACCAAAGAAAAAACAGAGGUCUCUUUCUUCCUUGGUUAAAACUCCAAGUGUAGCCAUGCGGACUGGUUUGACUGGAAAGAGAACCAAAGGUACAAGAAAGGCAGCAGCUUUUCGUGCGACUUCUCCCAGUAAUAAUGGAACCAUGAAAUCACCAACUAAAUCUGAAGGUCGAUAUCAGAAGACUGAGAAAAUCUCAGCACCACAAUCUACCAAGGUGGCAACACCUGCAAAGAAAACUGAAAGUCGAGAUCAGAAGAAGAUCGAGAAAACUUCGCCACAACAACCGAUCAAGGCAGCAACAGCUGUAAACAAAAAACAGCAAAAUACAGAUGUAGAAGUCUCAAGUAAACCAUCUUCCAAGAGAAAGAAUGGCAAGGCAGCUGAAAAGGAAGAGCUCCAGAAACCUUCGAAUCAUUUGGUUUAUGCUGCAAGCAAGACAAAAGCACCUAGGUCAACUCCCAAAAUCCAUCCCAUCACUGAAGAAAAAAUAAAGAAAAAGGGUGAACUCCCAAUAGGGAAUGAGGAGACAGAAAACGAAAUAGUUAUUCCUGGAACAAGGGUGGGGGAACAUUCAAAAGAGCCAACUCUUGAAGAGGAAAAUAAUGGCAGUUCUUCAGAACCUGCAACAGCGACAAAUAAAGCAACAACAGAGGAUAUUUCGAACCAAGGAUUAUCUGGUUCUGCAAGCAUUUUGCGUGGUCCAACAACUAAUCCCGUCUGGUUCUCAUUAGUUUCUUCGCCUAACCAGAAAGGAGGACCACAGCUGCCUGAGUUAUCAAAGAUUUACUUGAGAAUUAAAGACGGCAGUUUGCUGAUUUCCUCGGUACAGAGGUACAUCGCGACGAAACUGGAUAUAGCUGAUGAAAAUGAGGUGGAGGUCACAUUCCACGGCGAGCCCAUCUGCCCCUCGAGCACGGUGCACGGGCUGGUGGAGCUGUGGCUGCGGAGAGAGCCGGAGCAGCCUGUGCAGGCGCCGCUGGGCGCGCCGGCCACCGGGUUCGUCAUGGUGCUGGGCUACCGCCUCCGCCACCGCCCUUAUCCGGACGAGCCCUGCGAGGGCGACGGCACCGCCGUGGAGCCUGCCUGAAGCUGCAGCGCUAAACUGCCCCGUCCGCCGCUCCUGUUCAUCCUCUCAUCAGUCAGCUAGAGAGCUAGGAUAGAAAGCGGAGAAAGGAAUCAUAGAAAGAGAAGGAAUCACCCCUACAAUUAUUUUUUUCUCGUUCCUUAGAUCUUGUAAAGAGGGAGAAGAAAGAAGUUAGUGUGUCAGCAGUAAGUCUGUGGUAAAUGUUCAAUAGCACCUUAAACAAACGAUCGUUUUAACUUUCAGAACAUCACUGACGGGAAAAAAGUUAGGUUGAAAGUGAAA